AUGGCGGCCCAGCCGUUUGAUCUUCGUCCGAUACUGGAUAAGCUGAUUCGUACGGAAGAUGAUUGUAGGCCACUCGUUGUGAUGACUUGUGGAAUCUCGGGUGCGGGAAAGUCAACUUUGGCGAAGCAAAUAAUUGAUUGUUCCCCCAACUUUAUAAGACUCUCUGUCGAUGAAAUCAUCUUCAAGAGUCAUGGGCUUUACGCCAUCGACUACGCUCGAGAAAAGUACCAAGAAUAUCAGACCGAAGCACAAGAAACCUUGGUUGCCGAACUAAAGCGUCGGCUUGAGGAGAGAACAAGGGACAUUGUACUUGAUCUAUCUUUCUGGAACAAAGAGUACAGAGACGAAUUCAAGGCCAUGAUAGAAAAGUUCGGCGGCCGAUGGGUUCUGGUUUUCUUGGAUGCUGACAAGGAACUUCUCUGGAAACGCAUCACCUCGCGAAAGGCCCAAAGGGAUGGACAGGAUUUGGCCAACAGAACCGGCGAUUCGGCAUUUGAUGUGAAUAGGGAAACUUUCGACUCGUACUGUGAAGGGUUUGAAAGGCCUUGUGGAGAAGGAGAGUGUGUCAUCAAGGUCCUCUGA